AUGGCUCCAGUUGCGGCACCUUCCACUAGCCAGCCUGCUGGCGGCAAGCCUAUGAACUGGGCAGACGAGUUCGAUGAGGCCGCCGACGGUGAUGCUCCCCGCAUCGAGGAGCGCGACGAGGGUAACGGCGUCAAGGUUGUCAUUGAAUACCGCACCAACCCGGAUGGCAAGAAGGUCAAGAUUACCCGAAGAAUCAAGAGGACACUGGUCAAGACCAAGGUCAACCACGAAGUCGCAGAACGCAAGACGUGGACAAAGUUCGGCCAGGAGAAGGGCAAGGCCGCUGGCCCCAACUCUGCCACCACCACCAUUGGUGAGAACGUCGUGCUCAAGAUGUCGGCCGGCAACAAGACCGCCGAGCCCGAAGUGGACGACGUGGACAAGAUGCGACAGCAGCUCGCCAACAAGCGCAUCGUUUGCCGACUUUGCAAAGGAGACCACUUUACCACAAAAUGUCCCUACAAGGACACGCUCGAGGCCAUCCCCGGUGCCGGUGCAGACACUCCCGAGGCUGGCGAUGGUUCUAUGACCCCGCUCGCCGCUAUGGACCCCACCAACCCCGCAGUUGCUGCGAGCGCAGGCGGCAAGUACGUCCCACCCAGCAUGCGUGGCGGCGCAAAGGGUCCCGGCGAGAAGAUGGGCGGCCUUGGAGGCAUGUCCCGAGACGACCUGCCCACCUUGCGUGUCACCAACCUCAGCGAGGAUGCCGAUGACGACGACCUCAGGGAACUGUUUAUGCACUUUGGCCGUGUGGUGCGUGUCUACGUGGGCCGCGACCGCGAGACUGGUAUCUGCAAGGGUUAUGCUUUCGUCAGCUUCGAGAACAGGGAAGACGCUGACCGCGCAAGGCAGAAGGUCGACGGCAGGGGUUACGACAACCUCAUUCUCAGCUGUCAGUGGUCGCUUCCUCGUGGCGAGCGCCCUUGA